CAAGAAGGAUGGAAGCCCAAUCAGGAAACAAGGCGAAGCUCGCUUCCAUCCGCCGUUUCACCUCAACCGGGCGGCGGGCAGCAGAUGCUUCAGUUCUCCGAAAGCCGGCAUCGACGACGGUGAUUUGGUGAUACCCAGCUUAAACCCUAGACCCCCGUUCGCCUGUGAAUCCUGGUGAUAUCACAAAUUCUCGAUGAAGAUAGCCGUCGAAGGUUGUAUGCAUGGAGACCUCGACAACGUCUACAAGACCCUUCAGUACAUCGAACGUCAGCGCAACAUCAAGGUCGACCUUCUCCUCUGUUGCGGCGACUUUCAGGCUGGAUUUGGGAAUGAGAGAGAUUUGGAGAGCUUGAAUGUGCCCAGGAAGUAUCGGGCAAUGAACUCGUUUUGGAAGUACUUUUCCGGGGAGCAGGUUGCGCCUGUUCCAACUAUAUUCAUUGGCGGGAAUCAUGAAGCUUCCAAUUACUUGUGGGAAUUGUACUAUGGAGGAUGGGCAGCACCUAACAUAUACUUCUUGGGGUUUGCUGGGGUGGUCAAGUUUGGGAACAUCCGUAUUGGUGGACUCUCCGGAAUUUAUAAUGCACGUCAUUAUCGUUUAGGACACUAUGAAAGGCCUCCUUAUAACGAGAACACUAUCAGGUCUGUUUACCAUGUUCGUGAGUAUGACGUGCACAAACUUAUGCAAGUUGAGGAACGAAUCGACAUUUUUCUUUCCCAUGAUUGGCCUCUUGGCAUCACUGACUGUGGAAACUCUAAGAAACUCAUUCAGCAGAAGCCAUUUUUCGAGAAAGAGAUUUUUCAAAAGACUCUUGGAAAUAAGGCUGCGGCUCAACUGCUGGAGGAGUUAAAGCCCACUUACUGGUUUUCUGCCCAUCUACACUGCCAAUUUGCUGCUUCUGUUCAACACGGUGUAGAUGGUCCAGUGACCAAUUUUCUUGCUCUUGAUAAGUGCCUGCCAGGCCGCAAGUUUUUACAGAUCGUUGAUAUUGAGUCAGAGUCUGGACCCCAUGAGAUUUUGUAUGACGAGGAAUGGCUGGCAAUAACGCGGAAGUUUCAUUCUGUCUUUCCUUUGACCACUAAAAGUGCAGAUUUUGGGUCUGUUCAACUUGACAUGCAAGAUUGUCGACAAUGGGUCAGGAGCAGACUUCAAGAGAGAGGUGCUCGACCUUUUGAAUUUGAAAGGACAGUUCCAUGUCACAAUCCCUCUCAACCCUCUUCUAAUGGUUCACCAGCAUUGCCUCGAAACCCUCAGACAGAAUCAUUAUUGCAACUACUGGAGCUUCCUUACCUCCUUGAUGUCACAUCAGAAUCAAGGGAUCCAAUCAGCAGUCCCGCUUCAAUGAUCUACCAAGGUUCUUUGGGGGCUGAUAACGAAGAAAUUCCUAUUGAUGACAUUGAUGAAUUAGAAGAGCUUGAAGAAGAUAAUGUCAAGACUGAGGAUGAAUAUGUGCAAAAUUUGGAUUCCGGGGUAGGCUCACAUGUUCAUCUUUCUAUAAGUUGUCAAUGCAUGGUGACCCCAAGAACCAUCUACCUUCUGACAUCACCCAAUUUAUUAAAUGCUGCUUUAAAUGAUGAUAAAAAUCAAUUUCCUCUUUUACUCCGAAUGAGUUGUUUUCAGCAGCUCUCAUCAGUGAUAAUUUCUGUGCAGAAUUCACCUGAAAGCUUCAUGGAGACCAGAGUUUUCAAUUUGAAUCCUCUCGUUUGUCUCGUCGUCUUCCUAGCUCAUGUGGUUGCUUCUUCCGCUCAGCUGUCUUUUGGGUUCUAUGCAGCUUCAUGUCCUACUGCUGAAUUCAUAGUCAGGAACACAGUGAGAUCAGCUUCUUCCAGUGACGCCACAAUCCCUGGGAAGCUCCUUCGCUUGCUCUUUCACGACUGCUUCGUGGAGGGUUGCGAUGCAUCUGUGCUUAUACGAGGAAAUGGAACGGAGCAAAGCGAUCCAGCUAAUACAUCACUUGGAGGAUUUUCUGUCAUAGACUCAGCUAAAAGGGUUUUAGAAUUAUUCUGUCCAGGAACCGUUUCUUGCGCCGACAUAAUUGCAUUAGCUGCCAGAGAUGCUGUUGAACUGACUGGAGGACCUGCAGUUCAGAUUCCAACAGGUAGGAAAGAUGGGAGAGUUUCUGCAGCUUCAAAUGUAAGACCCAACACCGUGGACACGACCUUUACAAUCGAUGAGAUGAUUAGACUCUUCUCAUCUAAGGGGCUGUCCUUGAUUGAUCUUGUCACUCUGUCAGGUGCACAUACCAUAGGAGCGGCUCACUGCAGUGCAUUCAGAGACAGAUUCCGAGCAGACUCCAAGGGAAAGCUCUUGCUAGUUGACUCAUCCCUCGACAUGACUUAUGCAGAGGAACUCAUGACACAGUGCCCUGCGGGUGCUAGUCCUUCCAUUACAGUUAAUAACGACCCUGAUACUUCCUUGUCAUUCGACAAUCAGUACUACCGAAAUCUAUUGUUGCAGAAGGGGCUAUUUCAGUCAGAUUCCGUAUUGAUAAAAGAUAACAGAACGAGGGAGCAAGUAGAGAAUUUCGCAAAUGACCAGGACAGUUUCUUCGCAAGCUGGGUUCAGUCAUUCUUGAAGCUCAGUGCAGUUGAAGUAAAAACAGGCAGUGCCGGGGAGGUGAGACAAUCUUGCUCAGUUACUAACAGAUGAAAAUGAAAGGUUUUUGAGUUUUUUUUCUCUUUCACUUUCUCGGACACAAAUUAAGAAAAAUGUAAUUGCUUGUAGUCCUCUGUCUAGAGCUUCUCUCUCUUGAAGAUAGUCCUAUUAUUCUUAGAGUCAGUUGCCAGAAAGUUCGUAUAGCCACAGGAUCUUGCUUUUUAGAAGUUUCAAGUGUGCUUGGUUUUACCUAAAAUCUAGUUCGUGUGAUGAGAGAGCAAUCUUUCUCUAGAGUCCAAAAAAUCAUUCCAUAUCUUGUCACUUUCAAUAUCAGACGAGGGAGAAUUUCCAAACCAUGCUGAACUGCACAAUUACAGAUGCAAUGCUCUUGUAAACUAGUCCAACUCCAGAAGUCAACUAAAGUUUACUUAGUAAGAAAAGUGAAUCAAGAGAUAUGCAAGUGGAAAAUGGAGUUUCUAGUCCGAAAUCAAGCCGAUCACCUUUAAUCUCUGCUAGGCUCUACCGUCUAAUUCAUCCUUAAGGGAGUCUAGUCUGUGACUUCAUUUUCAUCUCAGGGUUAGCUCUAUCUAUUAAAGC